UGUGAGGGGCUAAAUGAGGCUGCAGCGCUGCUACUCCUGUGAGACAAUUGUGCACUCAGUGUGUCACCGUGUGUCUCCGUGUCACUCGUUGCUCUGCAGCGGUUUUGUUUUUAUUCUGAUUCUGGUCUUUUUUAAAAGUUUGCUUCAAAAGUCACGGAUGGAUUUCGAGAAAACGCGUCUCUGUUCACGCAAAGGUGAAAAAGCGGCUGUUGUGUUUUUUGUCUCUUUGAUGGCACCUUGUUCUGUGACCAGAGGAGCUGACCCGAGUCUGGGCCCGUCCUCACACCUGUGCUGUGACCCAUUCAAAGUCAGAGUGUGCGACUGGACUGGUCUAAAUUAUUUACGAGCAGCUGUGAAUGUCACGUUUAGUUUUACAAGCGCACAUUCGUGAUGGAAUUGAGGCGUCGGCGUGAUUGACUGGGCUCGUUGUGCGCCUUGGGGAUGAACCCGGCCUCAUCCUCCAGCUGCAGUGGCUGCUGUGAUAAGAGCAAAUCCCAGCAAGCAGGUUCAAACAUCCUCAACCUUUUCCACAGACGUCACCCUUUGGAGCAGCAGGGAAAUCCCUGCUGCUCCAAAGUGUUCUCCUCCGUCUGUUUGGGGUUUCAUCCUCAGCUGCUGGGCUGAUGAUGAUGAUGAUGAUGACCUCCUCAUCCUCGCCUGCAGCGUGGAGGAACCUGGACAGUCCAGAGGGAAGAACUGAGAGCUCUCACUGCCUCGACUCAAGAAAGAACUGUUGAGCUCAGAGUCCGGCCCUGGUUAGAAUCAAAGACUUUCAGUAUUUGUUCUCAGGUUUAAACCAACUGAGAGUAAAGUGCAUUCUGCUUCAUUUAUGUAUCUGUGUGAUGCAGAGGAGUUUGAGCACAAACAUUUGAGCGGCGCCCUCGUUUGUGUGCGUUUCCUAGUGAUCUGCUCUAUUUGUUCAGUUUCUAUGACAAUACGCCAUUUGUUCUACUUCUGUGCUCCGCACACUUCUCACCUGUUUACGACGCAGCGCGACGGCCACCGACCUGUGGGCUGAUGGAGGCUCUGUGGUUUAUAAGCGAAUGGGGAUAAAAGCGUUGGGAUUUAAACAUCUCCUCAUACGUUGUAAAAGACGAAGAAACAAAAGAGCAGCAUUUGAAAAUGUCACAUUAAGCAGAACAAAUGUGGGACUGUUUUCAACUGUUGCAGUGUGUGGACUCUGCACUGCGUUUCCCAUGAGCACUUGCGUGGGGGCGCGCAGGUGUUUCGCGUUAGACCUCGUUAAACGCUGCCGCCCUUCUCGUCUACCUGGACUCCUCUGCUGUCGUCGGGUGAACGCAGACCUCGGCCGCCGCCGUCUCAUCCAACAGCUACAAGGAAGGAGCAAAGCAGGGCGAGCGCGCAGCUGGGACGGGUAAGGAGCACGAGGAGCCAGAGACAGGCCGCGGUGAUGGCGGAGGCGCAGCGGCGUCGGGAGGGCGAGGAGUGGGAGGAGCAGGGCGGUGCCGAGGAGACGGAGGCCCCGAAGGAGGAGGCGCCAAAGGAGGCGCCAAAGGAGGCGCCGAAGGAGGCGCCAAAGGAGGAGCUGAAGGAGGCGCAGAAGGAGGCGCAGAAGGAGGCGCAGAAGGAGGCCCCGAAGGAGGAGGCGCAGAAGGAGGCGCCAAAGGAGGAGCUGAAGGAGGCGCCAAAGGAGGAGCUGAAGGAGGCGCCAAAGGAGGAGGCGCAGAAGGAGGCGCAGAAGGAGGCGCAGAAGGAGGCGCCAAAGGAGGAGCUGAAGGAGGAGCUGAAGGAGGCGCCAAAGGAGGAGCUGAAGGAGGCGCCAAAGGAGGAGCUGAAGGAGGCGCAAACGGAGGCUCCGCAGACCCCGACUCGACCUCUGCUGGCAACGAGGUCCACGAGCAGCGCCGACCCAGACGACGACUCCCCCAACAUGAUCGUGUACAGAAAGAUCGAGGACAUCGUGACCCGCAUCCAGGAUGAGACGGAGGGCGUGCCCAUCAGAACCGUCAAAAGCUUCAUGACCAAGAUUCCCAGUGUCGUCACAGGUGAGGAGUGUGAAGGUACCGACAUCGUCCAGUGGCUGAUGAAGAACCUGUCUAUGGACGAUCCGGCUGAAGCCAUGCACAUCGGGAGUCUGAUCGCAGCUCAGGGAUACUUCUUCCCCAUCUCAGACCACGUCCUCUGCCUCAAAGACGACGGCACCUUCUACCGCUUUCAGGCUCCAUAUUUCUGGCCGUCAAACUGUUGGGAGCCCGAAAACACAGACUACGCUAUCUACCUGUGCAAGCGGACCAUGCAGAAUAAGACCAGGCUGGAGCUGGCAGAUUACGAGGCAGAGAACCUGGCCAGGCUGCAGAGAGCCUUCGCCAGGAAGUGGGAGUUUAUCUACAUGCAGGCUGAAGCCCAGGUCAAGAUCGACAGGAAGAAGGAUAAGACGGAGCGGAAGAUCCUGGACAGCCAGGAGAGAGCCUUCUGGGACGUCCACAGGCCCGUGCCCGGAUGCGUCAACACCACGGAGAUGGACAUCAGGAAAUGCAGGCGAAUGAAGAACCCUCACAGAGUCAAGAAGUCCGUGUACGGCCUGGCAGAGGAGGGAACGCAGAGCCACAGUCCCGUCCACACGCCCUCGCACCACAGCAGGAAAGGCACCAGGGAGGACGUGGAGAAGGAGAUCCUGUUCCUGAACACGCAGCUCGACCGCCACUGUAUGAAGAUGUCCAAGGUCGCUGAGAGCCUGAUCUCCUACACGGAGCAGUACAUGGAGUACGACCCGUUCAUGACGUCACCAGAACCCUCCAACCCCUGGACCAGCGACGACCCCACCUUCUGGGACCUGGAGGCCAGUAAGGAGCCCAGUCAGCAGAGGGUGAAGAAGUGGGCGUUCUCCCUGGAGGAGGCCCUGAAGGACCCGGCGGGACACGAGCUCUUCCUCAAGUUCCUGGAGUCGGAGUUUAGUUCCGAAAACCUGCGCUUCUGGUUGGCGGUGCAGGACCUGAAGCGGGUGCCCCAGCAGGAGGUGGCGCAGAGGGCGCAGGACAUCUGGGCGGAGUUCUUGGCCGAGGGAGCGCCCAGCUCCAUCAACCUGGACUCCCACAGCUACGAGCGCGCCAGCCACAACCUGAAGGACCCCGGACGCUACUGCUACGAGGACGCGCAGGACCACAUCUACAAGCUGAUGAAGAGUGACAGCUACACGCGCUUCCUGCGCUCCAACGUGUACCAGGACCUGCUGAUGGCGAGAAAAAAGCCUGAAACGGAGCAGGGCCGACGCACCUCCCUGGAGAAGUUCACUCGCAGCGUGGGCAAGUCGCUGACGGGCAAACGGCUGACGGGCCUCAUGCAGUCGUCCUGACGAGGCCUGGACGGAGAGUAGGAGGACCCAUACCCAGAUACGCUGCUUUCACCCCUUCAGGAGCAGGUGGAAACGGAGCCUGGAGCGCAUGGGGGCGGCUCUGAGAGGCGGGUUCAGACCGAGCGCACCGGCGGAAGGCGCCUCGGAUCAGUGGAACUGGACCGGUAGCAUGCAAUAAGUCACCAGACCUGACACGGUAUGGAGGAGGUCUCCACUCAACGCCAGGAUGUGCUGUUUCUCUGAACCUACUGUCUAUACUCAUGUUAUUAUGGUAGCUGAGGAGGAUUUGAACAAGGAUGCUGGACUGACGUCAGACUGAGACUUAGCUUGUUGCCGUAGCUAGUAGAGGGUCACAGUAAACAGUAGCGCUCAAGGGUCCCAUCCUCCCUGUCCAGUACUGGCCUACUGGUUUUAGUUCUUAUAAUUCAAUGGUUAAACUGAUUUAAAAUGCUACGUUUUGACCUGUUCCUCGCAUCUAAAGCAUCAGCACAAUUACCAAACCCAACAUAGCGGUGGUAGAAUUUGUAUAGUUUACAGCCACUGUAGCACAUUAACGUUUCUAAGAGGCCGUGAACUGGACAGAGGUGAGAUCUUAUAGAUCUGCUCCUAGAAUUUCUUCAAUCUUCUGAUCAUUCCACAUCAGGUGGCCACAUGGGGCUCACCUCCAACUGUUAAGAGUUAAUAAAAGGGGAAUGCACAAUGA